AUGGAGCGGCUGCAGGUGGAGGCGCAGGCCCUGGAGGAGUACGCGGAGUACCGGCGAAUUGUAGGUGAUGAUGAUGGAGGAAAGCUCUUUACUCCUGAGGAAUACGAGGAGUACAAAAGAAAAGUAUUACCAGCUCGGCUACAGAACAGGAUGUAUGUGAGCUGGAGGUCACCAACUGGCAUGGAUUGUAAGCUUGUGGGACCAGAGACACUCUGCUUUUGCACUCACCGGUAUAAACAACACAAAACAGACUAUGAGGUGCUUCCCAAAGAGCAUCCCAUCCAUGUUCCUUGCAGAGUAAAGCGUUGCCCGUGCCAGUCCUACCAGUUUGUUCCCCUGAAUGGCACCCAGCCCAUCCGCUGCCGCUGCAAGCACUUCCCUGAUCAGCACAGCUCAGCACCCGGGCUCUCCUGUAACUCCUGUUCCAAGUGUUCAGGCUUCCAUAGCUGCUUUACCUGUGCAUGUGGUCAGCCAGCAUAUGCUCACGAAACAGUUGUGGAGACGAAAGAGGAGCGCUCAGCCCAAGGAAAGCCCGUGGGGCAGGAUGUUCCUUACGCUGCCAUGGGAGGGCUGACUGGCUUUAGCUCACUAGCAGAAGGCUACAUGAGGCUCGAUGACAGUGGAAUAGGUUCUCCUUCUGCUGAACUUUUAGAAGCCCCCAUUACAAGUAUGGAUCAUCCAUUUCUAAAAGCAUUUCAGGGGCCUUUGAGUUCUGCUCAAACCAUGCCACAAAUAGCAGGUAGUUCAAGCGGCACAGGGCAAGUUUCUCAUGGAAAACAAUCAGAAGCUGAUGACAUGGCUUACUUUGAAAAACGUUAUCAAGAACGGCUGAAAGCGGAGAAAGCUGCUAAACGGAAAGAGAGGAAUCCAGUGCCAUCCAAGAAGCCAUAA